CUUUCAUUUCGGUGCUGGCUGCUCAUCGUCUGCAUGAAGGUGUAUCAGCGGUUCAAGUCGGCGAUUCCACUUGGCUACAAAAACUUCUUGUCGUCCAGGGCACUACGCGUCAUCGACGAUUACCAUGUUCAUUUACGAGGAAUACUUGAUCGUUACUGCGAUGAAAACAACUUGGAACUCAGGAAUCCUCUGUUUCUGAUGCAAAACACUGUAGGUGAUGCAUCAAAGUCAAAAAUAUUCAGUUGUGCAAGUCAAAUGUAUAAUAAUCGGCGAUUUUUUGCUACCAUUAAGGCACCAGAAGUCACCGGAACCCCCUCAAACUAUGCAUCAGAGGCAUCACCUGCACUGCAAGAGGACAUUAAUUACUCCUUUGGGUCGAUAGACAUGCUGAGAGAUCAAUUUCUUCGGGCAGGAACAGCUGUGUUCGGGGACGCCUGGCUGUGGCUAGUGUACGAGCAACGAACCCAUUUCUUCUCGUUACUGUUUUCCUACAACACUUCUAGUGCAGUCUCCUGGGGUGCGAAUGACUGGUUUUCACAACCCAAACUGGGAACGAGCAUUACUCCAAUUAUGUGUGUCAAUCUAUGGCAGUACGCCUACUUGACCGACUACGGGUUGACGAAAAAACACGAGUACCUCCGUCGAUGGUGGGACGCAAUCGACUGGAAGGAAGUAAACGCCUUCUUUCAAGAGGCAAACCAAUAGCUUUACGAGCAAGCAAUGUCGGGUAAUGAACGGUAACGAAUGGUAAUGAAUGCUCUUUACUCUCGGCGUUUCUCUGAAAAUAAAAAUUCGCUUACGCGAAACCUUAAACAAAAGCCGACAAUUUCAGAGCCAACCAUUGGUCUCCUUAGUCGCACCCCCGCAAUCCACGCAACCUUACUUUCCAGACACGACACGAUACCCACAGCCUUGUAGCCGUUCGACGAUAAUUUAUUUGUUUCUUUAGUCUUGCUCAUCAAACUUCUCGACAAGGUCAGGAAUGUCACCAUCGGCAUCCUUACCGGCCUCGCCGUCAGCCUUGCCCUCGCUGACCUUCAAUUGCUCAGCCAUCUUGCGGAGGGCAGCAAGGGACUCAGGACCCAAAUUGUUCAAGACACCGGGGAGAAUCUCGGCAAAAGACUUCUCUUGGGGCUUACCGUAGAUAGCAACGGUCUCGUUGGGGAGAGAGGCAUGAACGGUAGGAGCUUGGAAGUUAAUGACGUUGCCGUCCUCCUUGAACAUGUUGACCUCUUGGAUACCGGCAAGAGCUUGCAUGUUCAACUUCUUCAAAGAAGUUUGGACCUUCUUCUCAUCGGCGGCACUAAGAGCAGCCUUGGAAGGCUUCUUAACCUUACGACGGGGAGUACCCUUACCACCUAAUGCAAAUGUAUUAGCGGUUUUGUACGCUUCUCGAGUGGACGGACGCAAACGACAGUCCCUCUUCGCUCUGUUCCGUUCCACAAAACUACUUACCGAUACGAACGCCGGCUUGCAAUUUAGACAACUUGGCGGAAUCCAUUUUUUGAGUUUUUGACCUGUUUAGGGUUUGUUGUGGAGGAAGCAGGGUGUACAUUGUGUGUGGGUUUGUGUUGGCAAUUUGUGACUGCUUCUUGCAACACGUAAACAACACGCCAAAAAUGCAACGCGAACACCAACUAGUGGG